GCGCUGCUGGUGCUGCCGGCCCUGCCCCGCCGCGCCGCCGCCGGCUGUGCCGCCCGCCGCCUCUGCUGCCCCGGCCGCAGCCCGGCCUGUCUCAGCACCGGCUGGCGGCCCGACGGCUCCCACGGGCCCUGCUACUGCGACCAGGCGUGUGCCCGCACCCUCGACUGCUGCCACGACUACGCCGAGGCUUGCCCAGUUAUCCCCUGUGUCGUGUCUGAGUGGAGUGUCUGGAGUGGCUGUGCAGAGCCGUGCAAGACAACGUACCGUGUUCGGAGGAGGCACAUCAUCCAGGAGCCCAGGAAUGGAGGAGAGGCAUGUCCUCCUCUGGAGGAGAGGGCUGGCUGUGUGGAGUACUGGACUCAGCAAGGAACAGAGUGCAAACAGUCCCUGAUCCCAGCGUUAAUUACAACAGGAGGGUUUGGAAAAGCCAGGAAAAAAAGAGCAGCAGCUGAUGGCAAUGAAAGAGCAGGGUACUGUGUUGAAUUCCAGCUUGUGGCCAUCACACCGGGCUGUUUGCAGAGCCACCACUCGUACACUCACUGGAUGCAGUAUCUCAGGGAGGGCCACACCGUCUGCGUGGAGUGUCAGCACCCGGCUUUAGACUCCAGAAGUCUACAUUGUUAUGGGGAUGGCAGUGGAAGCAAAAAGAAUCAGCUGUUGCACUGGCAGGCGGUAGGGAACCCUCGAUGCAAGGGAACCUGGAAGAGAAUUCGCCAGCUGGACACUUGCUCCUGUCCUUCUGUUCACAGCUUCUUGUUCAUCUAACUUCUCCUGACAGUCGCAGCAAGUGAGUGCUGUGAUGGCACCGACGUGCGGCAGCAGUGGGAACCACAACCAAAACGAUGACUUCUCCAUGUCAGAGGCUAUACUUUCAAGAGGUUGCUGUCUGUACUGGGGUAUCCGGAAUCCUCUCUGUCUGUGUGUGCUCCUCAAUUUCCAAAGAAAUCAGGCUGGCUGUGAAGUGCCAAUCUCUUUCUGCCCAUCUAUCCCUGAGAGAGGCCUGUCUGACCCUGAUGACUUCUUGCAAAUUCCUCCUUUUUGAGAGGAACGAGAAUUCACCUGAUAAGAAAUUAGACAAACAAGACCAUGUGAACUCAGAUUUAAUUAUUAUAUUACCAAAGUCUCGAUGGAGAAUCAACAAUGCAAAAUAAAUUAACUCAAGUGCUGUCCUUUGGUGACAAUGGCACUUCUCUGUGGAUGCUGCCUGCUCAUGCUUAUACAUCUCUUCCUUUUGUUUUCACCUUCCCUGGUCUUGUCAUUUCAUAUUGAUCUUCAGUCUUACAGAGGGUUCAUCUUCUGCUGCUGAGAUAAUGGCAAAACUUAGAAAUUAGUCUGUUCAAAUCUGUGAGAAUAGAAGGUACCAGGGAUCAGAGGGCCCUUGGACUUCAAGUUUCAAGGAGCAUCUCUGAGUUGCCCAAAAAUGCAGUGCAAUCCUGGGGCUCUGAAUAGGAAGUCAUCCCAGCUGUACCAGGAGGGCUAGCUAUAGCCUUGUCUUUUUGACUGGAAAAUAUUUGAAAUAUUUUUUUAUAUUCUGCUGAUUUCUAUUCAUACUUUUCUAGAAAUGAAAAUAAAGGAGACUGGAGACAUUC